UUUUUAUCAUAAGCAGAUAUGCCUUUUGUUGCAUUUGAUCUACAAGGUACUUUAUUUACUUUUAAUAAAGUAAUCGAUAAAAUACAAGAGACAUUAAAGAACACAAAGGUUCCUGAUAUAAUAACAUCAUCACAACAACAACAAACCGCCAAAAGGUUUUUUGAAUAUUGGUAUUAUAGUGCAUUAUGUGAAUAUAUAGCAUGUUCACAAGCAGGGACUUAUGAAUCAUUAAGAAACGUCAUGAACGCCACACUUGCACGCGCAUUCGUAUGCUAUUUUGAUGUAAAUGAAAUAGAGACCAUCCUGGAUGAACCUAGUAGAUGGAUAGAUUCCAUUAUGCAAGCAGCCUUUGAUGAUAUGGAGUUGGCUGUAGAUGCUAUAGAAGCUUUAAAUUUAUUAUUAAAGGAGAAUGAAGGACGAGAGUAUGGAUGGGAUAUUUGGAUUUUAUCUUCUUAUAGUGGAUUAAAAGAGACGAUAGAAUUAUUAAAAAGAACGGGUCUAUCAGCAUUUAUUGAAGAAGAAAAUAUAAUUAGCUGUGAUGACUUGAAGAUCUCAAAGCCACAUCCAAAAGUAUAUUCCGAGUUAAUGAGAACGGCCGUACAUAAAACAAAAAGGAUAGAGAGCUUUUACUUGAUUGGAUCUCAUGCUUAUGAUUUAGCUGGAGCAAAGAAUAUGUCCUUGAAAACAGUUUUUCUAAAUACGACAGAAAAGAUUUAUAUCCGCCCGUUGUAUGAUGAUCAUCAUAAACCCGAUUUAAUUGGAUCUAAUUUAGUAGAUUGUGUUAAAAAGAUGAUGGAAUAUGAAAACAUGAAAAAGCAUGGAGUUGUAUAACAAUAAUAGAGUGACCAAUAAGCACACAGCUAUAAAAGCUGAUUUACCCUAUUAGUCGGUACAAGUUAACAAAAAGAAAAAAAAAAGACUUCUUUUAUUAUUAUUAGUAGUAGUAAAGACAAAACUUAAAGUUAGGUCAAUACAAUAAAAGUAGGAAAAUAAAAACAAGGAAAGAGAAUAGAGUAGCAUCUAUCAUUUGUAGAUGGCUAUUGCUAUAUUAAAAAUAAUUAUAUCUCCGAUUAAAAUAGUAAAG